AUGGAGUCGAAUUCUAUCCCAACAUUAGAAGUUGAAAAUGAUAGCACAAAAGUUCCAAACUGGCUUGAUCUUCCGAUAGAUCUAACAACAAACAUCCUUCUUAGACUUGAUGUUUGUGAGAUUUUGACGAGUGCAUGCGGAGUGUGCUCGCUGUGGUGGAACAUUUGCAAGGACCCUCUCAUGUGGCGCACUAUUAACCUGGGUGAUCAAUUUGAGUUUCCGUCGAAGUUUCGUUUCACUUUGGAUCUGGAGAAGAUUUGUUUUGAUGCAGUGAAACGAAGUUGUGAUCAUCUUGAAGAAGUUGAUUUGGACCAGUGUGCCACCGAUGAUCUCCUUAAAUGCAUAGCUAAUAAUGGUAGUCACCUUCAUUCCAUGCGGCUUCUAGAAUGCUGGCAAAUUUCCAAUCAUGGAUUUUGUGAAGCUGUGAGAAAGCUUCAACAGUUAGAGAAGGUUGAUAUUUCACUUUCCCAUUUAUCCGUAGACUCUCUGGAAGUACUUGGUCGAUCUUGCCCUCGUUUGAAGUCGCUUAAAUAUUAUUUAUCAAAGAGGUUACUAUAUUAUAGGUCUGAUGCUAGGGCUUUUGUUGUCGCUGAAACUAUGCCUGGACUAUGCCAUCUUGAUUUCAGGGGACACGAGCUUUCGGAUGUUGGUUUAGUUGCCAUUCUUGAUAAUUGUCCUCUUCUUAAAUCUCUUGACAUUCGGAGAUGUCGGCAGUCGGCAUCUCAAUUUAAGUGA